ACCAUACCCCACGGCUAGAAAUCUGGUCAACCGAAUUCUGAUGAGGUGUACUUUUCUCGGAACGCCCUGCCCUGGUCACAGAAACACUUACUUCGUGGUGACAUCACAAUGGAGUCUGACCUUGUUGUCUGCUCGGAGCCAAUCAAAACGCUGAAUGAUGACUACAACAAAGUUAGGUACAAGUCAUGGGGAAUCCCCUGCCCUGUACCCUCAUGAUCGGGCCCGAACAACCGGACCUGCGGGUCUGCGCAAAGAUCAGAACUUUGGAGAAUCCUGUGGUAACCAGACCUGCGUCAAAGUUCCGCGGGACCAUCCACAGACUUCCCUCACUCUAUCUUCUUUUUAGUGGGUAAAGCGUUCAUUUUACGUUGAAAAUGAGCACGGAGAAGCUCACUAUGGAUAGCGAUGGUUAUUUCAGCCGUCGUCGCGGCCCCGGCCCCGGUCCCAUCGCCUUCACCUCGCUGGUGCAACUCUUGACCGCGAGUAUGUCCGUGAUCAUCAUCGUCCUCGCUAUCCAACAGGGGACACACUACCAGAAGAUAGUCGCUGACCUCGAGAAGGAAGUGGCAGUCAUGAAGGCACGACGAGAGGUCGACUUGACGCUGCUCAGCGCUCGGCUCGAAGCCCUGGAGGCAAAAACCAACAAUGCGCAAGUAACUGGUGACGUCAAUUCUCGUCCUCAGGCGGAACCUGACAAAACCAGUGAUGCCUCUAAAUCUGUUGCCGAGUCGUACGCCAGUACUGAGAGUGCGGACGUCCCUGCACAUCAUCAAAGACAAAAGAGGGCGGCGAACUCUGUGACAUGGCCGGCUGGGGCGGGCGCCUGUUUACAGGGUCCGCCCGGGAGAGACGGUCGGGACGGCAUGCCGGGCCGGGACUGUCCUUGUGGAACAAAAGCCCCAGAACUAGAUGAACUACAAAGGAAGUGUGAGGAUCUCGAACAGAGGGUGUCAGACCUGGAGAAUACAACCGAGACCACGCCCACGCCUUGCUCAGGAGAUACAUGCAAUCUACCGUCUAGCUGCACUGAAGUAGCAGGAAGAAGUGGGUUUGAUAACCAGGCGUUCUACGUGAUCGACCCAGACGGACCAGGACGCGGGGUCCUGCCGAUGGUUGUUCAGUGCGACCUGGAGGGACAAAAAGCAAUUACGCUGAUUGGACACGACAGUGAGGCACGGACACAUGUGGAUGGGGUUGAGGAUCCAGGCAGCUACUCCAAGGAUGUGACAUACUGGAACAGCAUGGAGCAAGUGAGAGCUGUGGUGGACCGGUCAUCUCUGUGCAAACAGCUCAUCAAGUAUGAAUGCUAUGGUUCAGUGAUCUGGAGUGGCAGCAUGAACUACGCCUGGUGGGUGACUUGGGACGGUCGCCAGGCUGACUACUGGGGAGGUGCCAGUCCUGGGAGCGGGAAAUGUGCCUGUGGACAAGCAGGCACAUGCUCCCGUAGAUGUAACUGUGAUGCCAAUGAUCAGACAUGGCGUGAGGAUUCUGGGUUCCUGUCUCACAAGGAUGACCUGCCGGUCACCCAGCUCAGGUUCGGGGAUGCUAGUACUCGCGAAGAAGGCUAUUACACCCUGGGGAAACUUAUCUGCUAUCCAUGAGUCUAACUGUUAAUAAUUGUCAGUCUCUUACGUAAAGACAUAAGCCAGUGCAUUAGGUUUCACUUAAACAUCACGUUAGCACGUAACAGUGUUGCACACAAGUUACAUAUUUGGUGUUCCAUUUCAUCCUUAACAUGUGUAGUUAAGAUAAGAUAGUGUAGUUAAGAUAACGGAUCUAUUUUCUUUGUUUUUGGAAGGUCUUGUUAGGCAACAUAUAUUAUCAGUAGAUGUGGUCACUAGUACAAAAUGUAAGUCUGAGGUGUCGAUGUUUAUGUUUCCUUGUAGGUCUUACAAAUUGUACCAAAAUCAAAUAUAGCGGUUUAUAGAUUUUAAACUAUUUUGAUUUGUUUCUUAAGGCUUACAUUGUUUACUGUUUGAAUUAAGUAGCAAGAGAUACAACGCCUCUUAAUGUACUUGAAUAGUGUACCUAGAGCCUAACUCAAUUGAUCAAAAUAUGCAAAGAUAGUGGUUGGAGUUGAAUAGAUAUUUUUUUUUAUUCAGAAUCAAAAAGAUGAUUACAAAUGAAAAGACAUGGACUAAG